UUUUCUAACAAAAAAAUGGCAACUUUUUAUACAUCUCCAACUCAAACUUUACAAAUAACAAACACCCAUUUGCCCAAAUCAUGUAAUUCUUCAUCUUCUUCUUCUGCUGCUUCAUCACUCUCUUUUUCAUCAAGUUUCUUGAAAUCAAGUUCAUUUUCCAAGAUUUGUGUUCAGAAUGUUCCUAAAAGUAGUGUGACAAAGCAGAAUAAUGGUUUGGUCAGAAUGUCAUGGGAUGGCCCUUUAUCUUCUGUCAAAUUGAUCCUUCAAGGCAAAAAUAUUGAGUUGUCUGAAUCUGUCAAGAAUCAUGUGGAAGAUAAGGUGGGAAAGGCAAUUCAAAAGCAUAGCCACCUUGUUAGAGAAGUGGAUGUUAGAGUUUCUGUUAGGGGUGGAGAAUUCGGAAAAGGCCCUAAAGUUCGACGAACUGAGGUUACAUUGUUUACAAAGAAACAUGGAGUGAUCAGGGCAGAAGAAGAGGCAGAAACCUUGUAUGCCAGUAUUGAUAUGGUAUCGUCGGUGAUGCAAAGGAAAUUAAGGAAAAUUAAGGAGAAAGAUUCAGAUCAUGGUAGACACAUGAAGGGAUUUGAUAGGCUCAAGGUUAGGGAUCCACAGAUAUAUAUAAAUGAUUCAGUUGCGGUUCCUCAAGAAGAAGAAGAAGAAGAAAUAAGUGAAGGAGUUUCAGAUGAUCUUCUCCCUGAGAUUGUUCGCACAAAGUAUUUUGACAUGCCUCCAUUGACUGUCUCAGAAGCAAUUGAGCAAUUAGAAAAUGUUGAUCAUGACUUUUAUGGCUUUCGCAAUGAAGAAACUGGUGAGAUUAAUAUCUUGUACAAAAGAAAAUCUGGAGGUUAUGGGAUUAUAGUACCCAAAGAAAAUGGUGAAACUGAGAAAGUCGAGAAUGUGGAUGCUGAAAUGCUUAAACAACAUUAGUUUGCAGAAGAAUGACUGGAAGAACAGACUCGUGAACUACAUUAUGAGGACAUAAACAUGUCGCCGUUCAAGAUUUUAAGAUACACUGGAAGUUUUAAAUUUCAAACAUGGUUAUUUUCUUGAAACGGUGUUUUGGGUGUCAUGUAUUUUGUAAGAACAAGGAAACCCGAGUCUGUAUUCUUGAAGUCUUAACUAAGUAAAUAUAGGUUACGUUCCUUCUUCGUUUUCAGAAA